CAGAGGGAACUCUCGGAAACUUGCGAAUAACUAUCAAAAUAAGGUUCAGCCACCGCGUUCCACCAAGAUAGUUGGAAAUCAUUAGAUAUGGUAAGCAAGACUUCAAGACUCAGUACUCCGUCAUGCCCAAGGAAAUUCGGGAUAUCAAGCAGUUCAUCGAGAUUGCGCGGCGGAAGGAUGCUUCCCAGGCCCGUAUCAAAAAAAUCGCCGCAAAAUCAGCAGCUGGGAAGGUCCAGACUAAAUUCAAAGUGCGGUGUUCACGAUACUUGUACACUCUUUCUGUGGACGACCCAGAGAAGGCUGAAAAGCUCAAGCAGAGCUUGCCUCCAGGUUUGAGUGUGGUAGAACUCGGGGCAACACCGAAGAAGAAGUGAACCCCUUCUCCAUCUCACACUGUAGUAUGAUUCAUGCGUCGCAAUGGAGGGGCACCGAUCGACUUGUGCAUCACCACCCUAUGAUGAAUAUGCAUCCUUUGAUUCAUACAAUCAUCCAUUCUAUAAUACCAAGCAUGACGCACGACCCCAAAAGCGUGCAUGUACCGAUCAAUACGAAGGUUCGAAGUACCUGCUGCACUCUCCUU